CGGUCCCGGCCGUACGCGUGCCGCUGCAGUCUCAUUCGGUCACGUCGCGCGUUCACGGCACGUCGUCCAACGCCCGGCAAACCGUCGUCGCGUAGCGCAACCGCAGCAGCCGCGCUGGUAAAUCUCGGCGAUCGCCGUUUCCACGCGUCGUUCCCGGUCGGAAACGAACCGCCCGCCGUUCGCUCAGCUCGUUUCGUUCGGUUUCGCGGUACGGAUUGGACGCGUUUAUUUAUUUAUUAUUUUUUUUUCCCACCCCCUCCCCCCCGAUCGAACGGUUCGUCCCUGAACAUGUUCCCGACACGUGCAUCGGUGCCGUUCGAUAACCGGUGUUGUUACGUCACGUGAUUUUGGGAACACGGUUUUCGGUGGUCGAGAGCUGCGAACAACGAGAGCGGUUCCCGUCGCCCACGUGGACUCGAUCACGCGCAUUCGUGGUGUCGCAUACACAUACACGGUACUUGUUCGCGGUCGUCGGAAACAGCAACAAAAGGCUAUAAAAAAUGUAUUUUAUUCUUACCGCCAAAAGUCUCCUGUGGGUCACGUUGAGCGUGUUGUCAACUAUUACCAUGUUCAUGGCUAUAUACUCACCAAAAUGGCUCGUUGGCUCAGUGGAUUACAAGUGUAAUUCACCAAAUAAAUUGGUGUUGCAAGACACAAACAAUAACACGGACCCGCAGUUCACAGCCACUUGCCGUCCUUCCGAAGGUGUUUAUUACCGGUGUACACGGAUCAACGGUAACCAGCACUGCGGUUCGUUUGCCGUCGAAGGGUUGUCUACAGAUUCUUCCAUGUUUCCGACCGCGUGGAAGAUCGCCGUCGUACUCAUGUCAGCUGGCGUUUUCGUUAGCUUUUUAAUGUCCGUCAUGGCUGUGAGUAGCUUUUGCAAACAAGCAAUACGCAAGAAGAGCAUGUUCGGAGUAGCCGGUUCGGGACAAGGACUCGCUGGUUUGCUGUACUUAAUAGGCGUAAUUUGUUUCGCGGCUGGCUGGGGUUCAGAACGUAUAGUGAGAUUAUGUGGAGCUCAAUCAGAACCUUUUGUUUCAGCAGAUUGUACGACUGGAUCGGGUUUGUACACCGCAGCUUUUGGAGUUUUUCUCACUUUCGCUACAGCAAUGCUAUCGGGACCGGCGGAUCGAGCAACGUCCAGUGAUAAAGUAGCGCUUCAACUAGAACAAGGAGAAAAUGUGGUUUUUUUACUAUGAAACUGUUCAUUAAGUUUUUUCCGUGCACUUGUACAUAAAAUCAACUAAAUUAUUGCUUUCGUUUUGCUAACUCUUUCUGUAACAAUAAACAGUUUUUAAUCAAU